AUGAAUCAGUUCUCUGACCCCGCCUGGUGGCCACAUAGAGCUACAGCAGCCGGAACUUGCCAGGAGAACGUCAACGUGUACGGCUGGGUGGACGUGUACGUGCGGCCGACGUCACACCGAUACCCGGAUGCAACGACCACAAACAUGGACCGCCUGUCGCUGGAGGGAGCCAUUCGUGGUCAUUCCCCUGCUGGCCAUGCCACAACCCCGAGAAAGCGCCAGGUCCGUUUUUCCGCCCGCCAUGACAUCGUCCUGUUGAGGGAGGUUAUCGCCCAGAACCCCUUUGCCUCCAAAGAACCAGGGAAGGUGUGGGCCCGUGUUGGGGAGCUGAUGACAGAGGGCCUCCGCGAGGAAAGCUUUGAGGUGGACGCUCGCCGGUGUCGCGAGAGGACCACGCUGCUGCUGGAUUACUACAAGAAGCAAGACUUCCCCGGUUUACGCAGGUUUGGGAGCGAGGCCUUGUACGCAGAAAAGGAGGAUCUGCUACAUGAGGUGUUGGAGCUGGAGGCUGAGAAGGGCGUGGCUGCCGGCGGAGACUUCAUUCAAUAUCAAGGUGACGAGUUGAGAAAGCGAGCCAUAGAGGAGCUUAGUAUCCCAGAACAGGACAAACCUCAGCUACCGAUCAUACAACUAAGUCCAGGAGGUGAACCCGAAGAAGAUCACGCUGAAAUGGCCGAGCUCACGACGGCGCCCACGUCCAAACGCGCGUGCCAGUGCUGCUGCCAGACCUACUCGGAGAUUCUCAGCUUCCUGGAGAAACGCUACCAGGCGGAGCAGCGGCUGCGGGAGGAGGAACUCGCCCUCUGCCGGGAGGAGCUUGAGAUCCAGAGGUGUAAGAUCACCUUGGAAAGAGAGCGUCUGGAAGCGGAAAGAAAGGAACGGGAAGGAAGAUUUGAGCUGGAGAGCCAAGAGAGGCAGGUCAUCUUGGACUUGCUCAAAGAGAAGGUGCUCAAAAGUUGAACCUGAGAAAUGCUCGAGUUACACACAGUAAAACACAACAACGGUACUGUAUCUAACAAAAAGAGUCCUUCAACGUGAUUGAAUCAAAACACUCAUUUAUGACAUGAGGUGGAAAGGCAGAAAGGGUGUGGCGAUCCUUGCUGCAAAAUCGUACCGAUUCUACCGCUGUCAAGUAACCCAUUAGCUGUGACCUUAAAUAGCACUGAAACCGAUAAACAAGCGGUGAGGUUUAAUUAAGCUUGGUUAUGGAAACACUGCUUGAUAACAGUGACGACGCGGUAGCAUUAAUCAAGCUUUAGUCUGCCGUUUAGAGUUCUUUUGGGGGUAUUUUACUGUCAGCGAUUCAUUUAAGAAGCACCUUAGCAUAUUUAAAAUGUUCAUUAAUGUGCAUAAUCUAUUUUAGAGAAGAGAUUUGUAUAGUUUGACUGGAACAGGACUUGAAAGGAUGAUGUAAUGCUCUUGUUUUUGUAAUUUUUAUCUGGAACAUCAGUCAUCAUAAACACUGCUUAAACUUGGGACAUAUGUUAUAAAGUUACCGUUAUUUACUUUUAUUUGGAAACCAAGAAAAAUGACUUCCUGUUGGAGAUGAACUAA